GUGCGCAGCUUUAACGCAACAAAAACUUUUGUGACCAAACACGGAAGUAGUUCAAAGAAACUCCCGCGUAGUUUUCAUUGUUUGGAUAAGCCAUGUGCGUUUGAUGGAGAUGCAGUGUUUACAACCGAAUGACUGCGAUGUCUAAACUAAAGAGGAAGAAAUCAGCGAUUGAGGAGAGUAGAUGCGAGCAGCAGACGACGAUCAAAAAGUCAAAUGGCAGUCUGAGUGCAGAACAGGAUAGCAGCUGCAGCAAAACUUCUAACGUUACAGGCAGGGCGAGAUGGUGGGAGAGUUCUGAAUUAAGUGAUGUGGAAAGACUCUGGGCUCUUACCUUGAGGGCUUUUUGCCCAGCCCUGCAGUCUGAUCAGGAAGAAUGUAUUCCACAGCUCCCCCCACCUUCAUCCACGAAAACUCCUGUACAAAAAGUAAGUGAUUGGAGAUGGUGCAGUGCAGAUGAAGAUGUUAAUCCCCCUCCGGAUUUGCCCGCUCCGUCUUUCCUCAACAACCCACAACCAGUGAAUGAGGUCAAGAACCCUUCACAACCUCCAGCAGCAGAGAACAUGGGAGAAUGUAGUCCACCAGCCAUCGCUGAUCAAGAGAAUCAUGCAUCUUCACCUGAUCAGGAGAGUGUGUCAGUAUGUGACGUACAAACUGCUCAGCAGCGCCACCUAGAAGACAAAGUCAAUUGCGUUGAGGGUCAUGAAUUGUCAGACGAACAGAGUGACAAAUUUGACCAAGUGGGGAAAGUCUCAGAAACGCAUAAAGUCACAAGAGGAUCUGGAGCAGGAUUGCAUGUGGAAUCUGGAGCAGGGAAGGGGGCAAAAGCAGGUGCAGGAGGAUCUGGAUCAUGGUUAAGAACAAUAUCUGAAGCAGAAGGAUUGGUAUCAGGCAUGGGAACAAAACAAGGAACAGGUGGAUCUGGAUCAGGGCAGAAAGCAAAAUCUGGAGCAGGUCAGCGAGCAAAAUCAGGAGUAAGAGGAUCUGGAUUGGUGCUGGGAGCAAAAUGUGGAGUGGGAUUGGAUGCAGAAUCUGGACCAGGGAAGGGGGUAAAAACAGGUGCAGGAGGAUCUGGAUCACGGCUAAGAACAAUAUCUGAAGCAGUUUCAAGCAUGGGAACAAAACACGGAGCAAGUGGAUCUGGAUCAGGGCAGAGAGCAAAAUCAGGGCUAGGAGGAUUUGAGUCAGGGCUGGGAACAAAUUCAAGAGAAAGUGGACCUGGAUUGGGGCAGGGAACAAAAUCUGGAUUGAAUUUGGGGAAAAAAUCAGGGACAGAAGAAUCUGGAGCAGCAUCUGGAUCAGGACUGGGAACAAAAUUAAUAGCAGAAGGAUCCGGAACAGCAACUGGUUCAGGACUGGGAACAAAAUCAGGAGCAGAAGGAUCUAGAGCAGCAUCUGGAUCAGAACUGGGAACAACAUCCGGAACAGAAGGAUCUGGAGCAGCAUCUGGAUCAGGACUGGGAACUAAAUUAAUAGCAGAAGGAUCCGGAACAGCAUCUGGAUCAGAACUGGGAACAACAUCUGGAACAGAAGGAACUGGAGCAGCAUCUGGAUCAGGACUGGAGUGCUGCCCAAUGUGUCUGAUGCCAUUUCCUGCAGGGUGAGUGAACAUUUCAUAUAAAUAGGUCAAAAAAUCCACAAAGUUCAUUGAUUUCACAAUGCAGAACCAAAGAUGACAACAAUAUCAAUAGCAUGUAAUGCUUAAACAACCCAAAAUAUCACAUUGCGUGUGACUGCCACGAAAUAUCCAAUGCAUAACAUCUACAAUAU